GUUACUUACCAGCCACCUUCUCCUCCACGCACUUACGAUCAGGCGGCUCCCUCCCCCUCCCCGGCGACCGUCCUCUGCGGGCUGUUGAAGCAGCGGGUCAGACAACAACGCCAACACUGGAGCUAUAACAUUAACAACGGGGGCUCCCGUUCAAAAGCUGACCAGCCAGCGCAGUGUGAUCACUUGCGACUCCCUCUGAAACCACCUUCUGUUUCGGAGAAGUGCAAAUUGACACCCCCCCCACACCAACCAAAAACUACCAACUGCUGCCGCUGCCGCCGCCGACAUCCGCCAGUCAAACACCCAAUCUCCACCCAAACCGAAGCCAACAUGGUGCAGAACAAGAUCACCGAAGUCACCGGAUUCCACCGCUCGUUCAAGGGUCAAAAUCCCUUUGAAUCGGACGACUUCACUAAAAAUGGAUCCCAUCUAAUUGAUUCGUCCUUUAAUUUUGAUUCCUCCCCAAGAUAUGACAUCCCUUUCAGCCGGCCUAUCGACAUCCCCGAUGCCAAGAAGAGAAACAAGAAGAAGAAGCGUUGCCGGGCAACUGACAGUUUCUCUGGGCGAUUUGAGGAUGUCUAUAGACUGCAAGAUGAGUUACUAGGGGAGGGCGCUUAUGCCAGAGUGGAAACAUGCAUUAACCUCAUCACCAACAAUGAGUAUGCUGUCAAGAUCAUCGAGAAAAGACCAGGUCACAGCCGCAGCCGUGUCUUCCGUGAGGUUGAAAUGCUCUACCAGUGCCAGGGCCACAGUAACAUCCUGGAGCUGGUGGAGUUCUUUGAAGAGGAAGACAAAUUCUACCUGGUGUUUGAAAAGCUCAGAGGAGGUUCAGUCUUGGCACACAUUCACAAGAGGCAGCACUUCAGUGAGCAAGAAGCCAGUGUUGUCGUGCAGGACAUUGCCAGUGCGUUAGACUUCCUGCAUAACAAGGGAAUGGCACAUAGAGACCUGAAGCCUGAAAACAUUCUCUGUGAGAGAGCUGACAAGAUUUCCCCAGUCAAGAUCUGUGAUUUUGACCUGGGCAGUGGGAUCAAGCUGAACAGCGACAGCUCACCCAUCUCCACCCCCGAGCUCCUCACUCCUUGUGGCUCAGCAGAGUACAUGGCACCUGAGGUGGUUGAGGCCUUCAGUGAGGAGGCUACAAUUUACGACAAGCGCUGUGACCUGUGGAGCCUUGGAGUCAUCCUUUAUAUCAUGCUGAGUGGCUACCCACCAUUUGUAGGUCGCUGUGGUGGUGACUGUGGCUGGGAAUCGGGGGAGCCCUGCCACACCUGCCAGAACACUUUAUUUGAAAGUAUUCAGGAAGGGAAAUACGAGUAUCCAGAGAAAGACUGGGCUCACAUCUCCUCAAGUGCCAAAGACCUGAUAUCCAAACUUCUGGUUCGGGAUGCCAAAAACCGCCUGAGUGCCCGCCAGGUGCUGCAGCACCCCUGGGUGCAGGGGGGUGCAUGUGACACUUUGCCAACAUCCAUUUUGCAUCAAAGAACCAGCAAUGCCAGGGAUCUGACUUUCUUUGCUGGAAAGGCCAUGGCUGUGAACCGGCAGCUGGCUGAACAGGACGACAUGGAAGAUCAGCAGCAGCAGGAAGUCCCAUUUGUUGUUACUGCCGCUGGCUCUUCUACUCACCUCUCACCUCCUUCCAACUCCAAGCUGGCCAAGCGCAGGCAGCGAGGCAGCCUGCCCAAGGGAGGGCCUGUCUCUGCUACGGAGCUCCGUCAGCUCUUGGCCCCUCUGGUUAUCAUGGGAGACUGUGCCUGAAUGUCAUCAACCCUGACCUCCGACCUCCCAUUAAGAUUUAAGUCCAGAUCUAAGACUGUCCUGAAACUCUCCCUCCCCUUUCCUGGCCACUCUCUCUGAUUCUAGCUGGCCUUGAUUCCUCUGCCAUUCAGGCUUGAUUGCCUCGCUGUAAAGGAAGUUGCUGCUUGCAGCUAUUCCUCUAAAUGCCUUCUGCCCGUCUGCAGCACUUCUGAAGCACAUUAUCCCUGGGCCUGCACAUAGCAAAUGUGCACGUCCAGGUUGGGGAGGAGGGCCAGGUAAUGGUUUGGGAGAUAGAUAGAUGGAAAUAUUUUCAAAGCUCUGUUCUGUUUUCUUUUCAUACAACUCGGUUCAGAAGAAAUCAGAACACUUAUCUUCAAAACUAAGCUCAGACACCAAAGGACAACCUGUUGUGCUGCUCCCACGUUACAACUGGAUCCACUGUGAAUUAAGUUAUCUGGAAUGUUCUCUUUGCCUGUAUGUGUUUGCAUGAAUGGCCCAUACGCAGAUACAUACAAGCUUAUGCAAUAGGCCAAGAUGAAGGCUGUUCCUGUCUUGAAGGGAUAAAGUAUACAGGGCUGGGAGGGCUGAAAGUCAAUGCUGUCCGUGCCUGGUGCGGUUCAUUGUGCGACUGGGGAGGCUUCAAAGAUUUUUCUUUCCUCCUUCUUUUAGGAUAAAUUCCGUACAGCUCUUCUGUAAAUGGCUGAAAUGAAACACGCCCUUGUCCAGCACUUAAUGCUCCGGAAGAAUGUUUUUCUGUACCCAGCCAGGUCUGACUUACUGUCGCACCAAUUUGAUAAGAAGCCAAAUCAUCAGGGGCCACAUCGCUCAGUGUUUAUGAGACCGUUAGGCAAGUCUGAUAGUAUUAAAUUAAAACUAUUUUUCUUGGGCCAUGAUGCUUGGCCACUGCAAAAUAAAACCUCAGAGGGCGUUCUGAGUUUACCUGGUAUGUUGGUACACGCUGGUUAUACAGUAUAUUAAUUGGCUAGACAGGUGAAAACAGGCAAUUUACUUUACUCUGUAAAAAAAUGACCUGCCACAACGAGAACUGGUUUUCCAAAUUUUUGGGGUUAAUUUUCGUUAAGAUUUUUUUUUUUUUACAGAUCAAAUGAUGCAUUAGAUUUAGAACUUUUGGCAGUAAAUGUUAAAGCUCCCAUCAGGGGUUUGAAGAACAUUUUGGCCAAUGUGACAGAUUCUCAUUUGUUGAUCAAAUACAUUUACCAUCAUUUGACAAAUUUCUCUUACAAAAUCAGAGGCAGAUGAGAUUACUCCCAAAAAAAUUUGAAACAGUAAAAAAAAGAAAAACAUUCCAUAAAAAGAAAAACAACAAAAAAAGUCUUCCAAGGAUGUGUAGCUGUAUUAAGUUUACUUUAUUUUUCAUGUUUGAAAACUCCAUGUCAAUGUGCCACACUGAUUAUUAUUUUUUUUUCCCCUCCCAUUUUUGUAUGGCUGUUAAUAAGCUUCUUUUUUCUAUAUGGUGAUUUCCAUGCAGGUGCAGUUAAGUGAACACCAGAUGUUUUUCCUCUUUUUUUUUUUUUAAGUUUUCUUUAUCCUUUUUUUUUAUGUAUGUGUUUUUAAAAGUUCGGAGUAUGUGGUGUAUGAGGUGAGAAGAUGGAGUUUGUUUAUUUGAUCUGGAGCGUUCAUGCCCAGUGAAAGCAAGUUUUUAAGUUUAGGUUUUUUUUGUAAGAGUUGGCAAUAAUCUUUUGGUUGUCGUUUGUUCAGAUUAAGUUAAAGCUCAUUCUGAAACUGACAGGUAAUGGACUCGUGAUGAGGUGGUUUCACAACACUGUAGCCAUUUCACCAAAGACGGUUCAUUGAACUUGUGAUCCAUCACCUUGCAGUGACAAGUGGGAAACUUCUGAUUGUCCAUGUCCUGUCGCCAGCACUGGGGCGAUGGUACUCUGGAAAUGGUGUCACAGGACCCAUUAUGCUGAUAAUAGGACACUGUAUUAGUUCUAAAAAUACCUUUUCUGCAGAUGCAUCGUUAUGGGGUUUUAUGUCUUAUACUAAGACUUACUUGAAUUUGUGUAUGCAGCUGUUUCUUCUCCAUUUGGGAAACUACUUUGCUCGGUAAUCUCAAACCAUUAAGCUAAUGAACAAGGCAAUCUUGGGGUUUUUUGAAAAUACCUGUUCACUUCAGUAUUCUGCCUUUUUCCCCUUACGAGCAUCAGACAAGUUAGUCCCUACUUUUUUUGAUAGGGUUGGAUACUCCGAAACGCACAGACUUUGGCCAUACUCUGUAAUAUCCUCAAUGGUAUAUGGGAGUUUUCUUGGUCAUGACCAUUUCUACUUUUUUGUCAAGUGGCAGUCGCUAUUUUUUUUUCCGACUGCCCUUUACUGGUGAUACUGGGACAAAAUGACAUCUUAAAGCCUCACAACUUUUAUAUUGUAUGUCAUUUUGAAGAAGGAAGUGUUAAAAUUCAUUCAUUCAAAUAACCAUCAUCAUCCACCUCCCCAUAAUUUGAAUGUAGCCCAAGGCAAAAGCAUUUAACAUCCAGCAACACUGAUCAAAAGUUUUAUAAACUGUUUGUUUCAUGGACGUGGUGUGGGGUUUUUCUGUCUAAGUGGAUCCAGUCCUCAACAUUUUUCCUAUUUUUUGUUUUUUUUUGGAACGUACCUUUAACACUGAAUCAUCCAUCGUGUUCAUCGGGAAGAAAUCUGAGAUAAAUACAUCCUUUAAAUACAAAAGAUAUUUUGAUUUAAAAUAAGCACUUUACUGUACCAUCUGAAUGAUUGCAGUUCACUCAAGGCAACAUUUAUGACAGUUGCUACAGAUUUUUGUAUUGUUUUUCUAAAAAAAAAAAAAAAAAGCAAUAAAGCAUUUUUGAACUACA